CCACCAACAGAAUCCUUGGGGCUGGUAUCAUCCAGGGAGCUCCGAAGCUCAAAGAACAUGUAGUCCUGCGCGUCUCGGGUUUACAGAUGGAUAAACAACGCCUGGGGGAGGGGCUCGCCUCCUGUUCGCGUCCUGGGAGCAGACAGCCUUGGACGCCCGUCUUUGCAGGUUCCUCGUGCCUCAGUUGGAGCCUGAGAAUCUCCAGAAUUUUUGAGCACCUACGAUGUGUUGGGCUCUCCCUUUUGGAGAAAGAGGGGAGUGAGACAGUUCAGCCCCUCUGGCGUCCGGGUUCUUCAAUGGCGGCACAAAGCGUGAAAUGUGCUCGGGGGAAAUUAAGCAGAAAGAACUUGAGAGGCGCUGGGUGUUUGCAGGAGGUGGGGUUUGAUCUUGGAGAGAACAAGCGGGGUGGGGGGUGAGGUGGGGGAAGGCGGACAGGACGGUCAGUGUGGGGGCAAUGGCAUUCCAGACCGACGUGGGCAACGCUGCAAGGGUGGGACUGCCUUGGCAUUGGCGAGAGGGGCAGCUAGGUGAGGUAGAGACACGAACAACUGACUCUCCGCCGCUCUCAAGUCAUGCGCCUUACAGCUGGGCUGGGGCGGAGCCGGACUUUGGUCCGAGUGCGCUGUGCGAACCGGGGGCGGCAGGAGCGUAGUGCACCGACCUCGAGGGUAAAGUGAGGGCCGGAGUCCCCGGGAAGCUGCCAGCGCCGCCACCCGUGUAGUUUGUGACUCGACCGUGGUUUCUCAAGGGCCCACCUGCCGCCCCGCCCCGUGGCCCGUGGCCCCGCCCCCGCCAGCCGCCGGUGCGCGCGUCUCUAUCCGUAGUCCCAGCUGCUCGCGCCCGGUGUCACCCGGCGUCGGUUCCCGCGGCGCCGCCAUGAAAUCCCGCAGGGAGAAAUUACUGAUCCCCGCGCUGACGCUCGAUCUGUCGCCGAGCAGCCAGAGCCCAUGCCUGCUGAGCCCCGGCAGCCCGUGCAGCCCUUGCAGCCCGUCGCUGGGCCUGCAGCCCUGGAGCUGCCGAAGCGGCAACCGCAAGAGCCUAGUCGUGGGAACGCCCUCCCCCACUCUGUCCAGGCCUCUGUCACCACUAUCAGUCCCGACUGCAGGUAACAGCCCCUUGGACAGUCCUCGGAACUUCUCUGCUGCAGCAGCCAUCAAUUUCCCCUUUGCCCGGAGCCACCUCUCUCAUGCUGACAGGGCUGAUGGCAGAAGAUGGUCGCUCACUUCUCUCCCAUCCUCCGGCUAUGGAACCAACACUCCCAGCUCCACCGUGUCGUCAAGCUCAUCGUCCCGGGAGCGUCUACACCAGCUUCCCUUCCAGCCCACGGCAGACGAGCUGCGCUUCCUGUCCAAACACUUCCGCAGUUCAGAGAGCGUGGUGGACGAGGACGGAGGCCGGUCUCCGCGCCUGCGCCCGCGCUCGCGCAGCCUCAGCCCUGGACGCACAUCGGGAACCUUCGACAAUGAGAUUGUGAUGAUGAACCACGUGUACCGGGAGCGCUUCCCCAAGGCCACUGCGCAGAUGGAGGGCCGGCUGCAGGACUUCCUGGCGGCAUUUGCCCCUGGUGACCGCUUGGCGCUGGCCGACGGUGUCCUGGGCUUCAUCCACCACCAGAUCGUGGAGCUGGCGCGAGACUGCCUGGCCAAGUCUGGCGAGGCUCUGGUCACCUCCCACUAUUUCCUGGAGAUGCAGGACAAGCUGGAGCGGCUGCUGCAAGAUGCUCACGAGCGGUCUGACAGCGCGGAGGUGGGCUUCAUCGUGCAGCUGGUCCGCAAGCUGCUCAUCAUCAUCUCGAGGCCAGCGCGGCUGCUGGAGUGCCUGGAGUUCGACCCGGAAGAAUUCUACCAUCUGCUGGAGGCUGCAGAGGGCCAGGCCCGCGAGGACCAGGGUGUGAAGACCGACCUGCCCCGCUACAUCAUCCGCCAGCUGGGCCUCGCCAAGGACCCGCUGGAAGAGAUCCAGCCCCUGAAUGACCUUGAGGAAGGCCAGCCCCCAGCUCCUGGAUCCCCUGUGAGCCAAGCCCUGGGUGGUCCGUCCCGGAGGAAGCCCUGUGAGGGCGACUUUGAAACCAUCAAGCUCAUCAGCAACGGAGCCUAUGGGGCCGUGUAUCUGGUGCGCCACCGGGACACGCGGCAGCGCUUCGCCAUCAAGAAGAUCAACAAGCAGAACCUGAUCCUGCGCAACCAGAUCCAGCAGGUCUUCGUGGAGCGCGACAUCCUCACGUUCGCGGAGAACCCCUUCGUGGUCGGCAUGUUCUGCUCCUUCGAGACCCGGCGCCACCUCUGCAUGGUCAUGGAGUAUGUGGAAGGCGGCGACUGUGCCACGCUCCUGAAGAACAUGGGCCCGCUGCCCGUGGACAUGGCGCGCAUGUACUUCGCAGAGACGGUGCUGGCCCUGGAGUAUCUGCACAACUACGGCAUCGUGCACCGGGACCUCAAGCCUGACAACCUCCUCAUCACCUCCCUCGGCCAUAUCAAGCUGACGGACUUCGGCCUGUCCAAGAUCGGCCUCAUGAGCAUGGCCACCAACCUGUACGAAGGUCACAUCGAGAAGGAUGCCCGAGAGUUUGUGGACAAGCAGGUGUGUGGGACUCCCGAGUACAUUGCGCCCGAGGUGAUCUUCCGCCAGGGCUACGGGAAGCCGGUGGACUGGUGGGCCAUGGGCGUCAUCCUGUAUGAGUUCCUCGUGGGCUGCGUGCCGUUCUUCGGGGACACGCCUGAGGAGCUCUUCGGGCAGGUGGUCAGCGAUGAGAUCAUGUGGCCAGAGGGAGACGAGGCCCUUCCCCCGGACGCCCAGGACCUUAUCACGAGGCUUCUCCGCCAGAGCCCAAUGGACCGGCUGGGAACCGGGGGCACCCAUGAGGUGAAGCAGCACCCCUUCUUCCUGGCCCUGGACUGGGCGGGGCUCCUGAGACACAAGGCGGAGUUCGUCCCCCAGCUCGAAGCCGAGGAUGACACCAGCUACUUUGACACGCGCUCUGAGCGUUACCGCCACUUGGGCUCAGAGGAAGAUGAAACGAAUGAUGAGGAAUCGUCCACAGAGAUCCCCCAGUUUUCCUCCUGUUCCCACCGCUUCAGCAAGGUUUACAGCAGUUCCGAGUUCCUGGCUGUCCAGCCCACCCCCACCUUUGCUGAAAGGAGCUUCAGCGAGGACCAUGAGGAAGGGUGGGAGCAGAGCAGCGAAGGGGGCAGUGGCCGCCGGCUGAGCACUGACCUCCGGCUGAGGUCCUGGACAUCUGCCUCCUGUCAGCCAUCUUCCUGUCAGCCGGAGCGGGGUCCCAGCCCAUCUCUCCUCAGCACCAUCAGCUUGGACACCAUGCCCAAAUUCGCUUUCUCCUCGGAGGAUGAGGGGACAGGCUCAGGGCCUGCUGACCCCGAGAAGCCUGUCUUCAUCCUGGGAGAGCCUGACCCUGCACCCCCGACCACCCCAGUGACACCCAAGCCCUGCAACCUUUCUGCCGACACAGCUGUCCUCAGUCAUGCCCGCCUUCGGAGUAAUAGUACCGGCGCCAGGCACUCCACUCCUCGGCCCCUGGAUGCGGGCCGAGGGCGCCGCCUGGGAGGCCCAAGAGACCCCGGCCCUGAGAAGCCCCGGGCCGCCCCUGGCGGCAGUGGGGGCCGGGUGCCCAAAUCAGCCUCGGUGUCCGCCCUGUCCCUCAUCAUCACCGCAGACGAUGGCAGCGGGGGCCCCCUCAUGAGCCCCCUGUCGCCCCGCUCGCUGUCCUCCAACCCCUCCUCCCGAGACUCCUCACCGAGCCGGGACCCAUCCCCCAUGUGCGGCAACCUGCGGCCCCCCAUCGUCAUCCACAGCUCCGGCAAGAAGUACGGCUUCAGCCUGCGCGCCAUUCGCGUCUACAUGGGCGACAGUGACGUGUACGCGGUCCACCACGUGGUCUGGAGCGUGGAGGAGGGCAGCCCUGCGCAGGAGGCGGGCCUGCGCGCCGGGGACCUUAUCACCCACAUCAACGGAGAGUCGGUCCUGGGCCUGGUGCACAUGGACGUGGUGGAACUGCUGCUGAAGAGCGGUAACAAGAUCUCCCUGCGCACCACGGCCCUGGAGAACACCUCCAUCAAAGUGGGACCCGCGCGCAGGAAUGUGGCCAAGGGCCGGAUGGCCCGCAGGAGCAAGCGCAGCCGCCGGCGGGAGACCCAGGACCGGCGGAAGUCUCUGAUCAAGAGGAUCUCCAAGCCGUCUUCUGUGCUCCAUACCAGCCGCAGCUUCUCCUCCGGCCUCCAGCACUCCCUGUCCUCCAGCGAGAGCCUCCCCGGGUCACCCACCCACAGCCUGUCCCCCAGCCCCACCACAUCCUGCCGCAGCCCUGCGUCCGACGCCCCCACAGAUACAGCGUCCCCACCCAGUGUGUCCCCAAGCUCCAGCAGCCCGGCCUCUCCAGCCACUGGCCACACCCGCCCCAGCUCACUGCAUGGCCUAGCGGCCAAGCUCGGCCCACCCCGCCACAAGAGCGGCCGCCGAAAGUCCACCAGCAGCAUUCCCCCGUCCCCCCUGGCUUGCCCGCCAGUGCCCGCGCCCCCACCACGCUCGCCGUCGCCCCUUCCGGGGCACAUCCCCACACCCGCGCGCUCCCCGAGGCUGCGCAGGGGCCAGUCGGCCGACAAGCUCGGCCUCGGCACCAGUGAGCGGCUGGACGCGGACGGUGCCCGGCGAGGCCGCGGCGCCGAGGCGGAGCUGGUGGUCAUGAGGAGGCUGCAUCUGUCGGAGCGCCGGGACUCCUUCAAGAAGCAGGAGGCCGUGCAGGAGGUCAGCUUCGACGAGGAGCUCCCCCGCGCCGUACCCCAGAUCGCUGUGCAGGGUGCAGAGGUCGUGCACGGAAACCCGGGCCCAGCCGCGAAAGACUGACCUACACCCCGGCUGCAGCUCCGAAAGGAGCUGUCAUUCCGGGCACACCCGGAUAGGGCACGGCCACCGGGCUGGGACACUUGGCUGGAGGGGCCCACCCCAGGAAGGCUGGGGUGGCGUUGCCAGAGACUUGUAAAUAGCAAGCCCUCGACUAAUUUAUUACUUUUUAUAAGCAAUAGCCGGGCUGUCUGCCCUGGUGGAGGAGGCUCUGUCUCGGCCUUGCCCCUGGGGUCCAGGCUGAAGACCUUGUUCUCUGGGCCAAGGCGAAGCAAAGUGCAACUAGUUUGUCUCCUGUCCCUUCCAAGUGUGUGUUGGUGUGUGUGUGUGUGUGUGUAUGUGUGUGUCUCCGUGUCUCCCCAUCCCAACCCGAGCUGCAGGCCCCCAAAGCUGGUAGCUACUCAGUUUGGACAGGACCUGGAAGCUGGGUGUACUGACGCCUGCUUGUGAUCCCAGAACUGGGAUGGCUGAGGCAGGAGGAUGGAGGCUCAGGGGCAGGCUGUGCUCUGAACAGCUGCCCUCUCUGUCGUUACACCAUCCCUCCUCUGCAUGCUUCAGCUUAGGGGAGGUGUGAGGGGGGGCUUGAAGGAGGGGUGCAGGAGGUAACUGACAAGCCAGAGGGCCCCCUCGAGGUUCCAGAGGUGUCCACUACUGAGCGGGGCUUCUCCGCGCACGUGAUGGUCGUGUCAGAAUCCCCAGCACCACAAAGCCAAUGUCUGUGUGUGAGGCCCCGCACGGUGAGCUGGGACCGUGAUGUGAACUCGCUUCCCAGCACCACAAAGCCAAUGUCUUCGUGAGGCCCAGCACAGUUUGCUGGUCAGAGGACCCCAGCUGUGCUGAGUGACCCUGGGGAAUGUUCUUCCCACUCUGUCCUGUGCUGCUGUGUUGACAAGACUAACCCCAGCGACUUGCGCAUUUUCGGUGCACUGAGCACUCCUGGAUUCCCGCCAGCUUUUGUGUGAUCCGAGCAGCUGAGGUCCCAGAGGCUUGUCCCGCAAUGGCUCAAGACAGGCUCUGCCGGGCCCUACUGUGAGCAUGGUCAUGGGAGAGCCCAGGUUGUCCCCGAAAUGCUAUGUGACCCAGCAGGCAUCUACUGUGCUGCCAGCUCUGCUCACUCCACAAGGGGAUUUCCAGGCACUCAAACCCACUCUGCACCUCCCCUGCCCCUCGGCCAGCACUGCCCGCUGGAAGAGAGACCAAGGCUGUGCAUGACUAGCCCUCCACCCAUCCUGGAGCUGGCAUCAAAUAAAAGCCCAUGAAGACAUCAA